CGAUGAAAAGGGGGGCUGGAAAUCGGGGGUGAAGGGCUGGCCGUUUUUGUUCCACUGGAGAAUCCUGCUUGAACGGUGAGCAGGAAUAUAACAGACCACAAUACCAAACUGCGCCGCGGGCAUUUCGAGUUGUCAAUCCGAAUCAGGACAUUUCCGUAAGGGUGGACUUGAAGAUUGGAAGGCGAUCUUUGGGGCCCUUGUCGGAGCACUGCUUUGGGAGACCAGCAAGAAAGCUAUUGUCGUUAGCUACAACUCUGCGGGUCUGGGGGUUCCAGAAGGGGCAGGGGGCGGGGGGUUACCGAGGAAGGAAAAGCUUGAACGCUGAGAGGAGGCUGGAAGUCUGAAACGCUUCCAGCCUGACGCGGCCGGCGUUGUGGCGAUAUAGCUUUGAACUGUGUGUUGAACCCUCGCGGCUAAGUGGAUGGGAUGGAGCCGGGACCAUCUGGCGCUGUGCCCAUGGGGCCUUACCCCCCUCCCCUGCAGCAGGUGUUUCAGGCCCCGCGCCGUCCGGGGAUGGGCACUGUGGGCAAACCCAUCAAGCUGCUGGCCAACUACUUUGAGGUGGAGAUCCCCAAGAUGGACGUGUACCACUACGAGGUGGACAUCAAGCCUGACAAGUGCCCCCGCCGAGUCAACAGAGAGGUAGUGGAGUACAUGGUGCAGCACUUCAAGCCUCAGCUGUUCGGUGACCGGAAGCCGGUGUACGACGGCAAGAAGAACAUCUACACUGUGCUGGCUCUGCCUAUUGGUAGCGAGAAGGUGGACUUUGAGGUAACCAUCCCGGGUGAGGGGAAGGACCGCAUCUUCAAGGUGUCCAUUCGCUGGCUGGCCAAAGUGUCAUGGCGGCUGCUUCAGGAGACGCUGGUGAGCGGCCGGCUGCAGGUGCCCCUGGACUCGGUGCAGGCGCUGGACGUGGCCAUGCGACACCUGGCCUCCAUGAGGUACACGCCGGUGGGUCGGUCCUUCUUCUCCCCCCCGGAGGGGUAUUACCACCCCCUGGGCGGAGGCAGGGAGGUGUGGUUCGGCUUCCAUCAGUCGGUCAGGCCAGCCAUGUGGAAGAUGAUGCUCAACAUAGACGUGUCUGCCACGGCCUUCUACAAAGCACAGCCAGUUAUCGAGUUCAUGUGUGAGGUCCUGGACAUCCGUAACAUCGACGAGCAGCCCAAAACACUCACCGACUCCCAGAGGGUCCGCUUCACCAAGGAGAUCAAAGGUGGGCCUAUAACUGGUCUGAAGGUGGAGGUGACGCACUGUGGUCAGAUGAAGAGGAAGUACCGCGUCUGCAACGUCACACGUCGGCCCGCCAGCCACCAGACGUUUCCCCUCCAGUUGGAGAGUGGGCAGACAGUGGAGUGCACGGUGGCCCAGUAUUUCAAGCAGAAGUACAAUCUGCAGCUCAAGUACCCCCACCUGCCCUGCCUGCAGGUGGGGCAGGAGCAGAAGCACACCUACUUGCCCCUGGAGGUUUGUAACAUAGUAGCAGGUCAGCGCUGCAUUAAGAAACUGACUGAUAAUCAGACCUCCACCAUGAUCAAAGCCACAGCCCGCUCUGCACCAGACAGACAGGAGGAGAUCAGCCGGCUGAUGAAGAAUGCCAACUUCAACCUGGACCCCUACAUCCAAGAGUUCGGCAUCAAGGUGAAGGACGACAUGGCGGAGGUGACUGGACGAGUGUUGCCUGCUCCGAUCCUUCAGUACGGUGGACGGAACCGAGCCAUCGCCACUCCAAACCAGGGCGUGUGGGACAUGAGAGGGAAGCAGUUCUACAACGGCAUUGAGAUCAAAGUCUGGGCCAUCGCCUGCUUCGCUCCACAGAAACAGUGCCGCGAGGAAGUGCUCAAAAACUUCACCGACCAGCUGCGUAAGAUCUCCAAAGACGCUGGGAUGCCCAUCCAGGGCCAGCCGUGCUUCUGUAAGUACGCACAGGGAGCGGACAGCGUGGAGCCCAUGUUCCGACACCUGAAGAACACCUACGCCGGCCUGCAGCUCAUCAUCGUCAUCCUGCCCGGCAAGACCCCGGUCUACGCUGAGGUGAAGCGGGUAGGGGACACCCUCUUGGGAAUGGCCACUCAGUGUGUUCAGGUGAAGAACGUGGUGAAGACGUCACCUCAGACCCUCUCCAACCUCUGCCUCAAGAUCAACGUCAAGCUUGGUGGCAUCAACAACAUCCUGGUGCCACACCAACGGUCGGCAGUGUUCCAGCAGCCCGUCAUCUUCCUCGGGGCAGACGUCACUCACCCACCUGCCGGGGACGGGAAGAAGCCCUCCAUCACUGCGGUGGUGGGCAGCAUGGACGCCCACCCCAGCCGCUACUGUGCUACGGUGCGGGUGCAGAGGCCGAGGCAGGAGAUCAUCGAAGACCUCUCGUAUAUGGUGCGUGAGCUGCUCAUUCAGUUCUAUAAGUCCACACGCUUCAAGCCCACCCGCAUCAUCUUCUACCGGGACGGCGUUCCAGAAGGACAGCUGCCACAGAUCCUUCACUAUGAGCUGCUGGCCAUUAGAGAUGCCUGCAUUAAACUGGAGAAGGAUUACCAGCCAGGGAUCACCUACAUUGUGGUGCAGAAACGCCACCACACCCGCCUCUUCUGCGCCGACAAGUCCGAGAGGAUUGGGAAGAGUGGCAAUAUUCCAGCAGGCACUACCGUGGACACCAGCAUCACUCACCCCUUUGAGUUUGACUUUUACCUGUGCAGCCAUGCUGGCAUUCAGGGCACAAGCCGGCCUUCCCACUACUACGUGCUGUGGGAUGACAACCGCUUCACGGCCGACGAGCUGCAGAUCCUCACCUACCAGCUGUGCCACACCUACGUGCGCUGCACCCGCUCCGUCUCCAUCCCUGCGCCAGCCUACUACGCCCGUCUUGUGGCCUUCCGCGCCCGCUACCACCUGGUGGACAAGGAGCACGACAGUGGGGAGGGCAGCCAUGUGUCGGGUCAGAGUAACGGCCGGGACCCCCAAGCGCUGGCCAAGGCUGUGCAGAUCCACCAUGACACCCUGAGGACCAUGUACUUUGCCUGAGCACACACCCACAGCUCGACCUCAUAUCCUUUAUCAUUACAUCCCACCAAGACUGGAUGCGGCACCAGACGCUUCCUGGCCACACAAGCACCCUCCACCCCAGCCCACUCCCCACCUCUCAAAUGCACCAUAUCAGACUUCAUACACACUAGUGCAGCGGCAGAGGUGGCCUUCAACACAGCACCUUGUCCCUGAAACGAUAUGAAGAUCGUCAUGAUGAAGAUUUGUCUGUUUGGAUUUACUUAGCAGGCCCACUAUACCCCUGCAAGUUCCUGUCUUUUUCUUUUGAUUUCUUUAUUUUCAUACUUUUCUUUUAAUGAAGAGUUCAACGGUAUUAAUGAUGUGUAUACCUUUGCCCUUCUGUGUAUGAAAUGUAUGCAUGUAUGCAAUAUGAAGAGGAGGACUGGAUAGGGAAACCUAUGAAGAUAUUUUUGUUUUGUUUACUUUUGACUGCCACCACAACUCUGCCUCAAUCAGCUUCCCUUGCCGGAGAACAGUGUUUGCGCCCCUUUUGAACAUUUGACACACAUGCAACACACACACACACACAUUGUGUUCAUUUGACACACAUGCACGCAUGCAACACACACACACACACACACAUUGUGUUCAUUUUAAAAUUUUAAUUUUAUAAAUGACUAUUGUUACAUUUUUAUUGUUUAAAUGGAAAAAGUAAGAUUUUUUUUAAUAUGGCCUUUAUGGAUGACAAAUGUAAUGGUACAUUAGCACUUAGUGUUAGCAUUGUAGACCGCUUAAGCCCAGCGUCCAUGAAUUGUCUCUGUGUACGACUUGCAUUAGUGUGACCCAUUACACAGGCUGGGAGCGGGGAACAGGCUGUAGCAUUGCUGUAGGUGCAGAGAGCACACUCUGAUUGUGCACUCCACUAGGACAGUGUCAUUUGUAGCCAAACUUUGUAUAGACUUAGCUAGCGCCAGAUAAUGGCAAAAAUUAGCCAAAAAAGAAAGAAAAGACGAGAAGAUCCUUAAGUAAAAAAGAUAGAACAGAACAGACCAAUGAGUGCUUUAAGUAUUACGCUCAGCGCACCCAACACUGAAACCAGCAUUGUAAACCAGCCAAAUGUGAUGCCAACCAUGCAGAGUGCGGGGCGCAAGCGUCACGUGAUGCCAACCAUGCAGAGUGCGGGGCGCGAGCAUCACGUGAUGCCAACCAUGCAGAGUGCGGGGCACGAGCAUCACAUGAUGCCAACCAUGCAGAGUGCGGGGCACGAGCAUCACAUGGGGGGGUGCUGCACCUCACCUAUUUAUUUAUUUUCCUGUAACUGAAUGGUCCCUUCCUCUAGAGAUGGAAUAUAUAUGCUCUUGUUAUUUUUUAUUUGUUUCUUUUUUUUAAUACUUGUUUUUAUUUUGUCUUUGCUGCCAAAACCAGUAGGUCUCAAAACCAUACUGACCAUUAACACCUAGUCCUUCCUAUGCACAUGCCAUGACAGCGCAAUCUCUACAGUAUCCCACAGGUGAGGAGUGAGCAAUAUGCUAUAUGCAAUAUAAAAAUGCCGUUUUCUCCCCAAAUGAAGCUUGAAUGCUGGCAGCCACACUCGCGGACACAGGCCUGUCCAUGACACAACCUUGACAGCGGACCAGCAUUUUCUCUUGCCUCUCUUGCGACACCCACUCGUGUAGUGUACAUUCCAGCAUGUAGAGAAGGACGCAGCGGACAGGUGCAGCACUGGCUCACGCGCGUAGUGCAAUGCAUGAACAAAGACCAUGUUCAGAACCAGUGUGGAAUUGUUUCUGUUUCUUUUUUUUUGUUUUUGUUUUGUUAUGUGCCACCAUUACUUGGCUUCAGGCAUCAGAGCUCCAUUAUGCACACUCUAGAAGCCCCUAUGCACACUAGAAGCCCCUAUGCACACUCUAGAAGCCCCUGUGCACACUCUAGAAGCCCCUGUGCACCUUUGUUGAUUUCCCAUGUAUACCAGUGCACCGCCUUAAACACUGCCACUUCUUUCCAAAAACGACACACACACACACACACACACACAUUUUACUGGCCUGUCUCCCUCGGUCACCCUUUGCAUCCCCAGGCCUGUUGGCUGCAGACGCCCAAUGGUGCGCUGUGGGCGUUGGCCACACAGAAGCGAGCGUCUGGCCUCGGGCCGUGGGGUUACGAGCAUCUCAUCUCAAGGCUUUGUAAACUGCAUGUUCUCGUUAGUGGACACUGGUGAAAGUUGACCCGUGCACCUUGUUUUUUUAUUUAGCAGAUCAUGUCUCAAGUCCUGUAGACGAGCUGGUGGAGCUCUGUACUCUGCCUCUUGUAUGUUGCCUCAAUCUGAAAUUCAUUUUUCCCUCUCUUGUUUUUGUAACGGUUAAAACAAUUGCACUUGUAUUUUAUCAUUUGACUUGUUUGUUUUCUUUACAGUUGUGAGUAGUGUCAGGCGUUGUCCUCAAGGGGGAGCUGUGGAAAUGUCCCUUUUGAUUUGGAACUGCCUGCCUCACAGCACCUCAAGGUGUCAGAUUCAUACUGAGGGUGCUUGUUUAAGUCAAAAGGGAUUUUUGUUUUUUGACAGUCAGCCAACCGUUGUUUUGACUCCUGUUUAAUGGAAUAUUGUGGAAUCAAAAUGCCUUUGUAUAGUGUUGUACCAAUCCUGUGUCUCUGAAGGUGAUUUGUAUUUAUAAGUUGAUAACUUUUGGUUGCAUUGAUAUAGACUGAGUACAGAAUUCAUCAGAAAUCUAAGUGAUAACGAGGUAAGGAUUCAGUCAAGAGAGGGGGGGGGGGGGGGGCAGGAUCUAAAUGACAUUCAUUUACAGUGGUAUUCAGCCAUGUGAUUGCCCUCUGUUUAACCUAGAGCCAGUGUUUCCUGUAGAACAUAAAUAUGAUUUCAAAGAACGAUGGUUCCCCAUAGAGGAACAGUAGCCCUGUUUGCUGCAUAGUUGGACUGUUCUACUGCCUUCUCUAUGUGGAUGCAGCUUGUAAGGCAUUAAUGGGUAAUAUGAGGGGGCCUGAGGAAUUUGGACAAACCUCCCUUGUAAUUUGUCAUGGGAGCUCUCACCCUUUCUGAUGCACUCAUUUCACUCUCCUCUGAAACAGGCAUUGUAUACAGGGCAAGACAGUUUAGAGGUACAUUAUCAGAGGGCUCCACUUUGACCCUCACAGAUUUAAGCAAUAUAAAAUAGCCACUGAACAAGUCCUUGUCAUAGCACUUCCCAGUAGAUCUGAAUGAAAGGGCACAAGCAACAUAUUUUGGCUGUGUAUGUCAUAGUAAUGGGAAUUCGUUGGGGAGGGUUAUUUUUAAAGAAAAUUAAAAAAAAAUGUUUUUUAUUAA